AUCACAGGAAAAGCAUCUUUUCUAGCCCCCAACCGAUUUCCCUGAGGAUGCGGCUGUGAUUGCUUAAUUUAGGACUCACCUCAAAAUGCUGGCAUUUUUUAAAAGGGCUUCAGGCCAUGCUUGGUAGGGAAAACAUUUGAUGCUGAGCUGAAGCCUUAGGGAAUUUUACAGUUUUCCUCUUUCUUUUCGCACUUGAGGGAGGAAGGUCCCGUAAAACAGAGGGGGAGAAGUGUUAGGCUAUAGUUCUUGUGUUCUAAUUGGCCAUUGGUAUUUUUUCCCAUCCUGAAAUUUCAGAAGGAGGCUUCAUUCAUCUUAUUUUGGUUUUGGCAUGUACCGUGUUUUGAUUUUUCUCUUUUGUCUCAGAGGAAAACAUCCAGCACUGUUACACUCAUUUGCUUUUACUGGUGCUGAGACAGGUCUAGUUGACUGUCAUUUUUCAGCAUCAAAGGAGAAGUCACAAACAUCACAGGAGUUGAUCGAUUGCCAUUAGCUGUCAGAACCGCUGUAUUUUGAGGAUGGCCAGCAAGAUGAAUGUAUUUUAGAGCAUCUCCUGUGACAAUGCCACCUAGCAAUGUGUCUUAUUCUCCUGAAAUGCAGGUUUUUUGGUGGGUUUUGCUGUAGGUGUGUGCACCUGAUGUGACGCUGUGCCCACCUGGGAUUUGGUUUAUUAAUUUAUCAGUUUAUUAUUUGGGGAGGAGACCUUGUAGUUACAAUGAUGGAGCCUCUUGCAUCACCCAUCCUUGUAUCCAUCCUAUCUUAACAUGCGUUCCCCUUGGCUUGUCUUUUGCUGCCGCUGGUUUCUGAAUGGAAACUACCUCCAGAGCUUGGAGAUGUAACAAAAAUACACUGUACAGACGAGCUGAGUUCUGUUUUGCCUGGGAAAACAAGCGAGACAGAGAGAAUCCCUCUGAUCUAGUAGGAAUCUCCACUGUUGUAUAACAACAGGACUGUAUUUUGGGGCGAGGAUGCGCAAUAAUUGAGGUGAUAUUGAUGUGGUACGCAGCGUCUGCCCCUGCAAAGAGAACGCAGCACAAAGUGCUGGAACUGGUGGAAUUCAUCUUGAAAACAGUGAUGUGAGGUCUCCGCUCAAGAGAGAGACACUCAGGCUGGGGAAAUGCCUAUAGAGAGUGAAGAUGUAUGGUAAGUGCCUGCCUUCUUGUCUGAGCAAAAGAAAACACCCCGAGUAGGUAGAAACUGGGAGUGUUUUUCUAUUUCUCUGUAAGGAAGGGAAGGCAGCAGUGUGGAGCUUGGCCUUGGGAUGGAAGGGGGGAAGUGGGUCCAGCCCAGGAUUGCUUUUGAGGUUUGUGAAGGGGGUGGUGAGAGCAAGGAGGGAAUGACCCAGUAAACCCUGUGUUUUGCGAUGGAAAUAGUGGAACUAUUAGGAUGGGCAGCAGGUAAGAAAGGCUGUAGAAGUGUAAUGGUAGUAAGGGGUGAGACUUGCUGAGGGUUAAACUAAGCUUAACCUGUUUGGUGUGCAUGAUGGUGGAGGAGAGUGUGGUAAAGCUUUAAAUUUUUUGUAGAAGGUAUGGAGACUGCUGGUUUGAUGGUUGUUUACUUGUUCAAGGACUCAUUAAUUUCUAUAAAUCGCGUGGGGUUUAGUUUGCGAGGGCCACAGGUUGGGUCCCCAAUGUGUGUAUUUUCUGCGUAACAGAUUUAACGGUUUAACUCUUUAGGCUGCUAGAAGCUGGAUCAAUGUGUCAGCUCCUGCUUUUCCCCAAAGCGAAUGACUUACUAGUUACCUCAACGCCUUACAUCAGGCACAGUGCAAUGUCUGCUUUUUGUUAACGCUUUCUGUUAAUUUUAAAAGCCUCUUUAUUCUUUCAGAUAUGUUUUAAAGGAGCAGGCUGCAGGUCUGGCUUACACCUUCACCAUUUCUGCUACAUCCAUAGCACUCAAGUUUGCAUACAUGUUUUAGCAUCUUUGUUGAAUGCAAUUGUUGAUUGUCAGUUCUGUUAGUCAUGAGCUGUUGACUCCUCACUGCACUGUGAAAACCAUUAGGAAAAAGUCCUUGGGGUUAAAACCUGGGGCUCCACAGUGUUACCUGCACUUGGGGCUAGAAAUUAAUUUAAAUGGCGACUGAUCUGUCUGAAGCUGAACCCGUGCAUCAUAAGGCGCUUCCACUCUUAACGGGAGCUCAGCUGAUCCACACGGACAAGUUAAGUGAGAAAGCUGAAGACGACACGAUGCCGAUCCGUCGUGCCGUGAAUUCUGCUUCCCGGAAAACUCCUCCCAAAAGCAAACCUGCUGAGGGUGAAGAGGUCAAAGCGGAUGCAGAAGCCACUUCUGAGGAGUCUGCCUCUGUCGGAGAAGAACAAGAGAGUGAAACGCUGCCCGCUGCACCCGCUGAGGCAGAACAGCCAAAGGAACCUGAGAAUGAAGGGAAGGAGGAAACAAAGGCCUCAGAAGAAACCAAAAAGGACGAGAAGGAUCAGGCUAAGGAAAAGGAGAAGAAGGUGAAAAAGACCAUUCCUGCGUGGGCUACCCUUUCUGCGAGCCAGCUCGCUAGAGCACAGAAGCAAACUCAGAUGGCUGCCACCUCACGGCCCAAAAUGGAUGCUAUUUUAACUGAGGCCAUCAGGGCAUGCUUUCAAAAGAGCGGUGCGUCCGUCGUUGCGAUACGGAAAUACAUCAUCCACAAAUACCCUUCUCUGGAGCUGGAGAGGAGAGGCUACCUUCUAAAACAGGCACUGAAACGGGAGCUGGAGAGAGGAAUCAUUAGGCAGGUGAAAGGAAAGGGAGCUUCUGGGAGCUUUGUGGUGGUGUCUAACGCAGGAAAAACUGUUCCAAAAGCCAGAGACAGAAAGAAAAGCACUUCCACUUCGACCGCAGAGCAACAAGUCAAGCUGGAAGAUAUCCUGCCGCUGGCUUUCACCCGCCUUUGUGAGCCCAAGGAAGCUUCGUACAGCCUGAUCAAGAAAUAUGUGUCUCAGUAUUACCCCAAACUCAAAGUAGAUAUAAGACCCCAGCUGUUGAAGAAUGCCCUGCAGAGAGCUGUAGAGAAGGGCCAGUUAGAGCAGAUCACAGGGAAGGGAGCGUCUGGGACAUUCCAGCUGAAGAAAUCAGGGGAGAAGCCCCUGCUGGGUGGGACUCUGAUGGAAGAUGCCAUCCUGUCGGCUAUUGUGGCCAUGAAUGAACCGAAGACCUGCUCCACCACAGCGCUGAAGAAGUAUAUCCUGGAAAACCACCCAGGGACCAACUCCAACUUCCAGGUGCAUCUACUGAAGAGAACCCUGCAGAAAUGUGAGAAGAAUGGCUGGAUGGAGCAAAUUUCUGGGAAGGGCUUCAGUGGAACAUUUCAGCUUUGCUUCCCUUAUUAUCCGAGCCCAGAUGUGCUCUACCCAGAGAAGCAGCAGGAUGAGGACUCUGAGGAAUCCGAUGAGGAAGAGGAGGAAGAAUCUGAGGAGGAAGAAGAAUCUGAAGAGGAAGAGUCUGACGAGGAGGAGCCACCACCAAAGAAGAGGAUGCAGAAGAGGCCGCCUCCGAAAUCCCGGAGCAGAGCCCCUCCGAUGAAGCCGAAGCCAAGAAAAACCCCCGCGGCCCGCCGGGGGAAAGCAAAGCCCCCUCCCAAGGUUAAAACCCCUGCUAAGAAAGCCAAACCAGCAGCCCCAGCCAUCAAGAAACCCUCUGGUGGCAGCUCUUCCAAGAAACCAGCAGCCGGCGGGAGGAAGGAGGUGAAACCCUCUGCCAAGGGCAAAUCCACCAUGAGGAAAUCUCUCCGGGCAAAAAAGUAAAAUCUUUCCAGUGUCAGGGAAUCCCGUGGUCAAAUCCACGCUCUUGUUUUAUAAGUCAACGUGCAUUUGUAUUUUAGUUCUGAAGCUUAAACACUUCUUUAUUAUUUUUUUUUUCUUGAAUGAUGGGGAAAAAGCUGAAAACUAAAUCAAACCAACCCGAGCAUUCGUUAGGUCUCAAUGCUGUGCCUCGUACCUGCCCCUCCCCGGAACAAGUCAUCUUUAGUUUCUGCAAUAAUUUUAGGACUUUUCUAGGACGUAUAUAAUCUGUACAUUCUACAGUGUUCCUCUUGGCUUUGGGGAGGGGGAGGGUUGGCUUUGAAAAGAAAUUCUUCAAAGAAGAUCUUUAUAUCUUUAGACAGCAGAAACGGGAUGAUUGGGGGAGCUUGAGUCUUAAGGAGAAGGUACAACGGCAGAAGAGUCCUCCCUAGAUCCCCCCUGCAUGACGAGGUCCUUAACGCUUCCGUGGCGAAGCGCUGUAAAUACAGCACUUGCACUGAGUCCCCGAGGUGCUUCUUUCCGCGCGGCCGGUGGAGCGACAGGCCCAGGAGGUGGCGCGUUUGGUUCCUUCCGACCGGCCAGGUUUGUUUGACGGUGAGUCAGAUCUCCAGCGAUCUCCACUGAUGGUCUGACGCCUGAGGGGCUCCCAAAGGGUUCAUUCUCGGCUCGGCGGGUGAUUUGAAUUAGUGUUUCUGAUGCCAUUUCUGUUAUCUUCAAACCAAAAUAUAUAAAAGUCUUCUUGAAUCCAACUUUCAAAUGUUUUUAAGAGAUGAAGAGCCUGAGUUUUGUCAACUCUUGUUUACCCUUUUUUAAAGAAAAGUUGGAGCGCUAUACAAUUGCUAAUGUAGAGAUGUUGAUAAGUGAAGAACAUGCCGUUUGCUAAAAUAAAAUGAAACUAGAUUCCA